CUUGAAAACAAACUACAAACUAGUUGUCUAAAAAGAAGAAUUUGACAUUGACAGUGAUUUGAUAUGAAAUAUGGCGGAUUUUAAAAGCCAAGAAUUUUGUGAAGAAAUAAUGCCAAAAAAAGCCGAAAUAGAAAUCAAACCAAACCUACAAGAUGAAGACAGUGAAAGUGCGGAAGAACAACCCCUUGAUAUCGGAGAACAUUAUUUGGUUAGACGGUCUGACGACACCUGGCACCCAGCAGAAAUCAUUCAGUCAAGAUAUAGUGAUUUGGACAGACAAUAUGAAUAUUAUGUACAUUAUGAGGGAUAUAAUAGAAGAUUGGAUGAAUGGGUUCCUAGAGGUAGGAUAAUGUCUUCGACAUUUAAUAUGACCGAAUGUGGUCAAAAAGCUAUGUUGGAUAUGAAAGUUUGGAGGGAUAGACCAGUAAUUACCGAUUUAUUAUCAGAUAAUUCUGAUCGGAAGAUAACUAGGAACCAAAAAAGGCGGCAUGAUGAAAUCAAUCACAUACAAAAGACUUAUGCAGAAAUGGAUCCAACCACAGCAGCUUUAGAGAAGGAACAUGAACAAAUUACAAAAGUCAAAUAUAUAGAUAAAAUUCAAAUAGGCCGAUUUGAAAUAGAUACAUGGUAUUUUAGUCCUUUCCCAGAAGAUUAUGGAAGACAGAGUAAAUUAUGGAUAUGUGAAUAUUGUUUAAAAUAUAUGAGACUAGAAAAGAGUUAUAAAUAUCACAUGAGUGAAUGUACACAGCGACAGCCUGUAGGCAAGGAGAUAUAUAGAAAAGGGACUUUAUCAGUGUAUGAAGUGGAUGGGAAGGAUCAUAAAGUCUAUUGCCAAAAUUUGUGUCUAUUGGCGAAAUUAUUUUUGGAUCAUAAAACGCUGUAUUUUGAUGUAGAGCCAUUUCUUUUUUAUAUUUUGUGCGAGGUAGACAAGCAAGGGGCUCAUAUUGUAGGGUAUUUUUCGAAGGAAAAAGAAUCUCCAGAUGGUAAUAACGUGGCGUGUAUAUUGACGCUACCUCCUUAUCAAAGACAAGGCUAUGGAAAACUUCUGAUAGCGUUCAGUUAUGAAUUAUCCAGGCUGGAAGGUACCGUGGGUAGCCCAGAACAACCAUUGAGCGAUUUAGGGAAACUCAGUUAUAGGAGCUAUUGGAGCUGGGUUUUGUUGGAGAUCCUUCGAGAUUUCAGGGGGACGCUGUCCAUUAAGGAUUUGAGUCAGAUGACGAGCAUCAGUCAAACCGACAUAAUAUCGACAUUACAAAGCAUGAACAUGGUAAAAUACUGGAAAGGGCAGCACGUGAUAUGCGUGACGCCGAAACUGGUGGAUGAGCACAUCAAGUCGAGUCAGUACAAGAGGCCGAGGUUGUGCGUGGACAGCAGCGCGCUCAGGUGGACGCCUAGGCGACACGUCAACAACAAGUUAGGGAAGAAGUAGAUGCGGAUGGACAUAAGGCUGUUUCGUUGUUGGGGAGUUAUUCCUCGUUUCAGUAUUACAUUUUAAGUAAUAAAGUUUCUGACGUUUUC